UGUGAUAAUUUCAAAUGGCAACCGUUCCCAUUGCUUCCAAAGCAAAAUUGGCAUUGGCCAACUCGCAUGUUUUGUCCUGUCCUGUUUAGGGUUAGAUUCACAACCGGCGAAGCUUCGUCAACAAAAACGGCUUUUGCCUCGUUCAAACUAUCUAGCGUAUAAGUAAUUUAAACUGUAAAGUGGGUGCCAAAGAGUGUUGUGUUGAAUUGAGUUCAGGCAGAAUGGACGUGAAAGACCACUCACUCAAGCUUUACUUCAUUCCCUACCUCGCAGCCGGUCACAUGAUCCCUCUCUGCGACAUAGCCCAAUUCUUCGCCUCACGUGGCCAUCACGUCACCAUCAUCACCACCCCUUCCAACGCCCAACACCUUAAACCAUCCCAUAACCUCCGUCUCCACACUUUCCAAUUCCCUUCCCAAGAAGUAGGUCUGCCCGUCGGAGUCGAAAACUUGACCGCGGUCACCGACAUCGACAAUUCCUAUAGAAUCUACUCGGCCACCAUGCUACUCCGCCAACCCAUCGAGAGUUUCAUCGAGCAGGACCCACCGGAUUGCAUCGUCGCCGAUUUUCUAUACCCCUGGGUCCAUGACUUGGCAAACAAGCUUUGCAUCCCCAGGCUCGUUUUCAAUGGAUUCUCCCUCUUUUCCAUUUGCGCCAUGGAGUCCGUCAAAACGCUGAGCAUCCAUGCCACCGGUCCCUUUGCUAUUCCCGAUUUUCCUCACCACGUCACCUUGAGCUCAUCUCCGCCUAAGGACUCGCGGGAAUUCUUGGAACCCCUGCUCGCGAUGGCGCUCAAAAGCGACGGUUUCAUUAUCAACAACUUCGUCGAGCUUGACGGGGAAGAGUACCUCCGCCACUACGAGAGAACUACUGGGCACAAGGCCUGGCACCUCGGGCCAGCGUGUCUUGCUCGCAGAACUGCUCUAGAGAAAUCAGAGCGAGGGGCAAAGAACGUGGUGAGUAUGCAGGAGUGUGUGAGUUGGCUUGACUCGAAGCAAGUGAACUCGGUGGUGUACAUAAGUUUUGGUUCCCUCUGCUAUUUCCCGGAUAAACAGCUUUACGAGAUUGCAUGCGCUAUCGAAGCGUCGGGUUAUGGAUUCAUAUGGGUGGUUCCAGAGAAGAAAGAAAAGGAAGAGGACAAUGAAGAAGAGAAAGAGAAGUGGCUACCGAAGGGGUUUGAGGAGAGGACCGGAGAGAAGGUGAUGAUUAUCAGAGGCUGGGCCCCACAGAUGACUAUCCUGAACCACCCCGCAGUUGGCGCGUUCCUGACUCACUGCGGCUGGAACUCCACCGUAGAGAGCGUAGCUGCUGGGGUUCCCAUGAUUACGUGGCCCGUUCACAGUGACCAGUUUUACAACGAGAAGUUAAUAACGCGGGUGCGGGGGAUUGGGGUGGAGGUGGGCGCAGAGGAGUGGAACCUCUCAGCUUUCUUCGAGAAUGAAAAGCUUGUGGGCAGAGCUUGCAUUGAGAAGGCUGUUAGGAGGAUCAUGGACGGCGCUGAUGAAUCCUUGCUAAUCAGACGGCGAGCAAAAGAGUUUGGGGAAACUGCGAGGCAAGCUGUUCAAGAGGGUGGCUCAUCUUACAACAAUUUAACGGCCUUGAUUGAUUAUCUCAAACGGCCGAGAAACACUAAGCCAGAGUGACUCGUUCAAUACGAUGUUCCU